AUGAAACAUGGAGAUAAGAUCUAAAAGUAGAUGAUUUUAGAUGUUUGCCUAGAAUUGCCAGGAUUUGAAGAUUAAAGUGUAUGGGUCUAAGCAUUAAUUCUUUCAGUUACUGAUUCCAUUUAUCUUGAACUAUACAUUAUUUACGAUACCUGGCAGGAAAACAAUUAUAUCAAUAAAUGGUCUAAAAAGAUUGCUUAAUUCGAAAGCUAAACCAAAGAAUCCUACGAAUUAUAAAAUUAAAUCCAACCAUAGAUGUAAGUUGAUUCAUAUGACAAAGCUUUUUGGAAAAGAUCUACAAUUUUAAAAAUAGAUGAAGUAUUUUUACCUAAAAUUGAUAAAUUUGUCAAAAGAGCCAGAAUAGGGUUUAGACCUUUUCUUUCAUAAACUGUGAAAGGCACAAAUGUAAGGAAUAAAGAAAAAUUACCAGCACUGCCUUGUUCAGCUUUUGGAACUAUCGAAGAGCUAAAUUCUUUAACCGAAAAUGGUGCAUAUGUAGAUUAAGCAACUGAAUUCGACGAGUCUCUACUAUAUAUUGCAUGCUAAUUUGGUAGAUACGAAAUUGCUGAAUAUUUGAUAUCUAAAGGAGCUAAUCUAAACAAAAGGACUGAUUAUGAUCAUUCACCAGUAAUGGCAGCUAUUUAAGAGGGACAUACAGACAUAGUCAGACUAUUAGUUAGAAAUGGUGCUGAUAUAAAUAUGAAUAUCAAGAACAUCUAUUUCAAAGAGCAAAUUUUAUCUAAAGAUGAAACUUUCCGUAUGAUUUACGAAUUAGAGAGAUCCAGGUAUUUAUUGAUAUAUAAUUCGAUAAUUCUACCUGAUAAGUAAGAGAAAACAAAUUCUAAAAGGAUAAAUAAAAAUAUAUUGAAAAAAGCUAUUUUUGAAUAUAAUAUUUGA